AUGGCCGCCAAGUUUUGCAGGAUACUAUCAAAUCGUCGGGUUGUUUCCAAAAAUGCACAGCGUAACUCGACCCUUGAUUUGAAGCAAUACACGAGAUUAUAUUGCAAAGUUAUUUCAGCAUUUUAUUCAAGUAUUUGUCCUUCAGACGAAACGAUAUUCACGAGAGCAAGAAAGCAUGCCGAAAGAACAGCCAUCGUAGAUGACAAAGGCUCCUUUACGUAUGGAUCCAUACUAGCGAUUAGUCAAGCAUUAGGACAGAAAAUUACUGAACGAUAUGAUAGUGAAUGCAAUGCAGAAAGUCUAAAAGGAAAAAGAGUUGCUUUUCUCUGUCCAAAUGAUGUCCGUUACGUAGCUGUGCAAUGGUCAAUUUGGCGCCAAGCAGGGAUUGCUGUGCCACUUUGUGAAGCGCAUCCUGUCAGCAUGCUAGAGUACUUCCUAAGGGACUCUGAAUCUACAUUACUUGUAUCUACAGAACAAUUUCGCUCAAAGGUCAAACAUCUUGUUGAUGUUCUUAAUAUAGCUCAUAUUGAAGUACCCAAUGUAGAGAAUAUUUGCACAGAAAUGAGUGAAUUAAGUCCCACAUUGACCCCUAUGGAAGCAACAACAAAGUGCUGGGAUGAAGUUGGGGCAAUGAUUUUUUAUACCAGUGGUACAACAGGAAGACCAAAAGGUGUGCUUGCAACUCAUGGCAAUAUAAGAGCUCAGAUAUCCGGUAUGGUACAAGCCUGGGAAUGGACAAAGGAUGAUUGCAUUCUUCAUGUUCUACCAUUGCAUCAUGUUCAUGGCGUAAUCAAUGUCUUGUGUUGUUCUCUUUGGGUUGGCGCUACAUGUGUUAUGUUGCCAGGUUUUGAUCCUGAGAAGGUUUGGGAAUAUCUCACAGGCUCUAAGCUGUCAUUAUUCAUGGCAGUUCCUACCAUAUAUAGCAAGUUGAUUCAGUAUUUUCAGGAGAACAAUAAUUAUACCAGAAAACAGAAGGAAGAUAUUAUAAAAAAAUGCUCUCAACUAAGAUUAAUGGUUAGUGGGUCUAGUGCGCUACCUGAGCCUACCAUGAAACAAUGGGAAAUAAUCACAGGUCACACACUAUUAGAAAGAUAUGGCAUGACAGAGAUAGGGAUGGCACUGUCAAACCCUUUGCAUGGACCACGAAUACCAGGCAGUGUUGGCAAACCAUUACCCAGCGUUCAAGUACGUAUUGUUGCUAAAGGUGAAAACAAUGAAGAGUGUGAUGACCAGGUUCUUGUUGAAGGAGAUGAGUAUGGUUCAAAAGUGUUUUGUCAACAAGACAAUGUUCAAGGUGCACUCCAAGUAAAAGGCCCUUCAGUCUUUAAAAGAUACUGGGGAAGGCCUGAAGCCACUCAAGAAUCAUUUACAUCGGAUGGAUGGUUUAGAACUGGUGAUGACGCAGAAUACAAAGAUGGUGUUUACAAGAUAAUGGGAAGAGCCUCUGUAGAUAUUAUCAAAAGUGGUGGUUAUAAAAUCAGUGCUCUGGAUAUUGAGCGUGAACUUCUCACCCAUCCUAAUAUUAGAGAUAUUGCCGUCUUAGGAGUACCAGAUGAUGUUUGGGGUCAACGUGUUGCUGCUCUUGUGUCUCUUAAUCCUGGAAAGUCUCUGAAUUUGGAAGACAUUCGUAAGUGGUCUGAAGAAAGAUUAAGUAGAUAUCAAACACCGUCGCUGCUGAAAAUUGUUGCAGACAUACCAAGGAAUACUAUGGGCAAAGUAAACAAGAAACAGUUAGUUGAGUUAUUUCUUAACAAAGAGUAAGAGGAAAUUUAGCUAUAAUGUUGAAAUAACUUUUAAUUGGGCUGGAAAUCAUGAAGCAGGGGGGGGGGAGGAAGG